AUGCCAUCUCUCUUUACCUUGACGCGUUUAUCAUAUUCAAAGCUUGAUCGUCCACACAGCAGUCUAUUGACAUUUGUCUUGGUUCGCAAUACUCUCACUGCAGUCACUCUCAUACCACCUCACCAAUGGCACCUAGAAAUCAAAGACAGCUAUCUACAGAAAUCAAAAUCAGAACCAGAGUCAGAGUCAGAACCAGAGUCAGAACCAGAGGAAUACGAUGACCAUGACCAUGACCAUGAUCACGAAGAGUCUGAAGAGUCAGAGGAAGACGAUAUGCCUCCCUCACCAAAAGACAAUGAUCAAUUCAACCAGAUUCCAUUCUACAAAAGAACUGGUCCUGCUUUCUUUAUCCCAUUCGACGACGAAGAAGAUGAAGACGAAGAUGAAGAAGACUGGCGACUGGAUUCUUCUUGCUGGUCAACCAAUUACUACCCAACCCCAGAAUCAUCCCCUUCAUCUGUCCUGAGCUGGUCCUCCAACUGCAUCUAG